AUACAACCAUUUUUUGGCGUGUGUGUAGAAGAGGGAAGCCGCGGCGAAAAAUUGCAUUAAAACUUGAAACGAGCAGCAAAACGCACGCCGGCAUCAUUUCAUAUUUUUGACUCUCACGCACUCAGAAAACCCAUCGAAAAAAACAUGUCUGACGAAAAGAAAGGUGGUGAAACCGAACACAUCAACUUGAAGGUGUUGGGACAGGACAAUGCCGUGGUCCAAUUUAAAAUUAAAAAACACACUCCGCUGCGAAAGUUGAUGAACGCCUACUGUGACAGGGCCGGGCUGUCCAUGCAGGUUGUGCGCUUCCGCUUUGAUGGCCAGCCUAUAAACGAGAACGAUACCCCAACUUCGCUAGAGAUGGAGGAAGGCGACACCAUCGAGGUGUACCAGCAGCAGACCGGCGGUUUCUAUUAAACCCAUUAGUUAAGUUAGUUUUCAUUUGUACUACAAAACAAACAACAACAACAACAAACCACAACAGAUGCAGUAAAAAGGAAGCAUAAAAUAAAGAAGAAACACGAGCAGAUAUACUCUGCACACCGAACAUAACAACACAGAAGAAAACGUAUGGCAUACAAGAAAGGAAAAAUAAAAAUUUUAUAAACUAUGUAA